AUGCCUGCAAACGAGCAUACUGAAUCUACCAUCCAUCUAUGGAAGGAGCUACGACGUCUACGCAAGGCACACUCUCAGAAUGUCAUUCUCGACGGGUCCAACCUCGACAUAGCAUCUCUCGUGGCUGUGGCCCGUCACGCCGUCCACGCAUCCAUCAGCGACUCCCCGUACCUCGCAGCCCGUCUUGCACGCAGCGUCGAGUCCCUGGGGACGUAUAUGGCCGGGGGCAACGUGGUGUACGGCGUCAACACGGGGUUCGGGGGCAGCGCCGAUGCCCGCACUGACGACCUUCUCGAUCUGCAGAUUGGACUGCUCCAGCACACGCAGAGUGCCAUAGUCACGCGAUGGGACAAGGACCCGGCCGCCAAUUCUGACAGGGAACCCCCGCACGUCAUGGCCCCCGAGUGGGUGAGGGGUGCCAUGAUCGCGAGGGUGAACCAGAACCUCAGAGGCCACAGCGCCGUCAGGCUCGAGGUGCUGCAGGCCUUGAUCGCCAUGGUGGAAGGCGGCGUGGUGCCCCUUGUGCCGCUGCGGGGGACCAUCUCCGCCUCGGGCGAUCUCAUGCCCAUGUCGUAUAUUGCCGGUGCGCUCGCGGGAAACCCAGACGUGUACGUGCAGAUGGGCAACGGGAGGGACAUGAGGGUGUUGAGUGCGCCCGACGCCCUGCGCGAGGUUGGCCUGGCGCCAACAGGCCUGGGCCCCAAGGAAGGCCUGGGGCUCAUCAACGGGACGGCCCCGUCUGUGUCGCUGGCUAGUCUGGUGCUGUACGAUGCACAGCAGCUGGCAUAUCUGUCGCAGCUGUGCACGGCCUUUGCCGCAGAGGCCAUGGGUGGCAACGUCGAGUGGGCGUCGCCAUUCAUCCACCAGAUACGUCCGCACCCGGGCCAGGUCGAGGCCGCCGGUAACAUUCACCGUGCGCUGAAGGGGUCGACCUUUGUCGUCGGGUUCGACACCGAGUCGCGCCGUCGCACCGGAGGCGGGCUCUGGCAGGACCGCUACUCGACGCGCACUGCGCCCCAGUGGAUCGGUCCGUACCUCGAGGAUCUGGUCCUCGCCCAGCGUCAGUUGGAGGUAGAGCUCAACUCGACGUCGGACAACCCUCUCGUCGACGUCGAGGCCGGAGAGGUCUUCUCGGGCGGCAACUUCCAGGCCGUGGCUGUCACGUCGGCCAUGGACAAGGCACGCCUGGCCCUGCAGAUGAUUGGCCGCAUGCUCUUCAGCCAGGUCAGCGAGAUAAUCAGCCCGUCCACCAACAAUGGGCUCGAGGCCAACCUUAAUGCCAGUGACCGUGAGAAUUUCACCAUGAAGGGCAUAGACGUCAAUAUGUCCGCCUACAUGUCAGAGUUAGCCGCCCUUGCCCACCCCGUCUCCUCGCACGUCAUGUCUGCCGAGAUGCACAACCAGGGUAUCAACUCACUUGCUCUGGUGUCAGCCCGUCGCACAAUGGAGGCUGUGGAUCUGGUGCGUCACAUGGCUGCCUGCCACAUCUACGUCUCGUGCCAGGCUGUCGAUCUGCGUGCUUCGCAGGACCUGUUCUUCGCCAAGCUGCGUGACAAGCUCCCUCUAGCUACCUUUGACGGGCUGGCGUUGUCGGAAGCGGAGAUGACCACUGUCGCCGAGAAGAUCUUGCCCAUCGUCGAGUCCACCUGGCGCCACUGGAAUGCCGGAUCGUGGAGGGACCGCAUCGUCCCCGUCGUCGAGGCUGUCAUGGCCCCCGCGACGGCGUUCCUCGCAGAGUCCAAACCCACCACCACGGCGGCGCAGCUUGCGGCGCUGCGCACAAACUUUGAAACCUCGCUCACGAGAUCCGCGGAGUCGGUCUUCUAUCCCAACACGGCCGUCACACCCGCCAGCGUGGCCACUCGCCUGGGCGAUGGGACAGCCCCCCUGUACGCCUGGGUGCGCUCCAAGCUCAGCGUGCCCACGCACCGUGGUCUCGAUGACGAUCCGCUGUACAAUGCGCGCCACGGAAAGUCUGUGGAUGAUAAGAGGACCAUCGGAAGCUGGGUGGCAAUAGUGUACGAGAGUCUCAGGGGGGACAUGAUGGAUGCUGUCAUGGGGGAGGCGGCGGAGGGGUUGCGUCCGGCAGCUAGGGACGUGGGAGAGUAUGAGAAAUGGGUUGGGAAGAUGGGAGCUUCUUAG